AUGGGCGACGGUCCCGCAUGGGCGUCGGCGGGCGAGGGCAGCUGGGACUGCCUGAGCGCGGGCGACGCCUGCUCCGGGGACGAGGCCUGCAGCCCACGCCUGCGCACCCUGCGCCAGUGCGUGGCCGGCGACGGCAGCGUCAAGCUGGGCCCCGGCGCCCGCAACCAGUGCGAAACGGCCAUGACGGCGCUCAUGGCCACGCCGCUGCGAGGCUGCCGCUGUAAGCGCGGCAUGAAGAAGGAGAAGAACUGCCUCAGCAUCUACUGGAGCCUGCAGCAGGCCAUACUGCACGGCCUGAGACUGGUGGAGGACUUCCCAUACGAACCCGAGGAGAGGGGCUCCGACUACGUGCGCUUGGCCUCCAUUGCCGCCGAGUCGGAAGUGACGACGGUCAACCGCUGCUUGGACGCCGCCAAGGCCUGCAACAUUGACGAGACGUGCCAGAAGCUGCGCACCGAGUACGUGUCGUCCUGCAUCCAGCCAUCGGCCCGCUCGGGCCCGUGCAACCGGCCCAAAUGCAACAAGGCUCUGCGCAAGUUCUUUGACCGCGUGCCAGCCGACUACACGCACGAGCUGCUCUUCUGCCCGUGCACCGACACAGCCUGCGCCGAGCGCCGCCGCCAGACCGUGGUGCCCGGCUGCUCCUAUGAGGACAAGGACAAGCCCGGCUGCCUGGCCCAGCUCAGGCUCUGCAAAGCUGACUACGUCUGCAGGUCCCGCUGGGCUCAGUUCCAGUACGACUGCCAGCCCUGGCACGGCAGCUCCAGCGGGUGCAAGCAGGAGAACCACGCGGCGUGUCUGCUGGCCUACACCGGCCUCAUUGGCAGCACCAUUACUCCCAACUACCUUGACAACUCCACCUCCAACGUGGGACCUUGGUGCUCCUGCAGUACCGGCGGCCACCAGCGGGAGCAGUGUGUUGGAUUCCUGGCCUUCUUCCACGACAAUAUCUGCCUCAAGAAGGCUAUGUUGGCUUUUGGCAACAGCUCGGACGUGAAAACGGGCGGCAUCGCCCCAAGCCCGGCUGCCGAUAGUACAAACGCUCCCCGGGCCACCGCCGUUCCGGAUGUCUCCAUGGAAACUGCUCUGAGAGCACAUAUUCCCACUCAGGUCAACGGCAAUGAGCGCUUUUGGGGCGACUCGAGCGAUUCGACGCUGGUGUCGCCCGACCUGUCAGAGCGCGGCGGGGCGGCGGCCCGCCCUCUCCUACCAGCGCUCCCACUAGCCCUCUGCUGGCUUCUGAUGACGCCGCUUCUCCUCCACCACCAUUAAAGAGCGGUGCAUCGCCUCGCCGCCAGCCAAUGCUGACUUUGCACUUUUUGCCCACGACCAGGAAGUGCACCACAACAUUUCCCGCUUUACCAUGUGACACACGGAAGAGGACGGUUAAUGAAAAAACACUUUUAUCAGAAACAAAUUAUUUUUGUUGUCGUCGUGGAAAGAUGAUUGACAAUGGUUAGCGCCUGUCGCUAAAGAGCUCACGUUACAUGUCGUCGUUAUUGUCAUGUUGCGGAAAAAAAACAAAAAACUAAGCGCAACCUUUUGUGGACACUUUUUAAUGGACAAAAAAUGACAAGAAUUUGUGUUUGUGUGGCUGCUAUGGAUAUUUUCUGUGUUCUUGGCGUGCUCAGCCAUCCUUCCUUCUCAUGUUAAAAAAAAAAAACAUUUUUCUGAGGGCAUCUUGGUCCAAAAAGCACAACAGCGCUUCAGGUUGCAAAAUAGCAGGAAUUGUUUAAAUGGAAACUUUCCAUGGGAAUUAAAUGAGAAUUGACAAAAUUGAAAAUCUCAACUAAACGCAACCAGAUUUCACACAAACAAUGUCACUGUGAAGUAUUUAAUAUUUAUAAGUCAAUGGCCUUAGUUUGGGCCAUUUUUUUGCUUUGUGUUGCAACGCACAAUUUGUGCAGUGAUCUUAAGUAAUAAAUAAAUAAAUAAAUAAUGGCACAAUCAAGGUCCUGUGAUGCUCUUGCAUGUUGGCAAAGAGAGCAAUCUAUUUUGCAUGGAAAACUAAAUGUAUGUAUUUAUUGUAUGCCUUAUUUAAGACAUCUUUCCAUAAAACUGUCUUUAAUUCCUACUUAAUUCCCAUUGAAAAUUUCCAAUUUGGAAGAUUUAAAAAAUUACCCAGCUAAAAUUCACAUGAAAAUUUAUUGCAAACUUUUUGGAAAUUUUAUUAGUAUAAGUUUCCACCCCUUUGCAAUCCAGAAAGAGUUCUGCCGCUUUCCAAGAGCACACUGAGAAGGGGGGGGGAAAAAAAAAAAGAACAAACUCGUUCGUUAGCUUGUUAGCGUCACAAAAUGGCCACGCUGAAGCUGGAACAAAAGACUAUGUUGGCUGUCACAUGAGAUUUUGGUUUUGGGAUAUUCAAACAAAUGUUGCUGCUGGUUUGAAAAAGAUUUAGGUUGCCACGACAACCCCGAGGUGAUUGACAGCAGAUCAAAAGCAACGUGAAGACUCUCACUCUUGUGUUGUUCAACACUUUCACUCAAUAAAAGUCAAACAGA